AUGACCGUAUUAACACCAGAAAGACUUGUAAGACUUGCUUAUAAAUACCCAUCGUUGCAUAAUUCGUGGUAUAUAAUUGCCUGUGCGUGCUUGACUGUUGUCAACAAACCGCAGGAGAUCCCCAAGGUAUUCCACUUUGCUUUAAGACAACAAUUAUUAGAAUUUUCUUCAUCUUCGGAGAAUCUUUUGCUAACUGAUAAGUACUUAUUAAAUCUUGCAGAAGAUUCUAUAUCUUCAUCCGAGAAAUUUAAAGACUUAUCUGCUGUGGGGGUUCAUUUACCAGAUGUUCUCAUACCAUAUACCUACUACGAUAAGUUACCACUUAACUUCAAAUUCUCAAAAAGAGAAGAUAUAUUUGCUACACAAACAACGGUAGCAGCCAAGAUCAGAGAGGUGAUAUUAAAGUGUGCAGCGUUAUCGGGAUUACCAAAAUCCAUUAAUGCGUUAAUGAUCUUGAAAAGUGUCACACCAAGCAGCAUGCGUCCAUCCAGUGUCCCAGAAAGGCCACGUACAGUUUAUCCGGGCCAUGUUCCCUCUUCAGAUAUUGUUCAGGAGGAUGUUGCAGGUACUAAAUUUGAAAAUGAUGAAGUCAGUGGUGAUCUUGCCUCGGAAACGAUUGAUGGGCCAAUAUCGAGUCUGUCUAUCAAUCCCAAACAAAUAAAAAAAGACUUAGAACGUGGAUCUGCCUUCUGGAAUUCGGUAUACACCAAUAAGGUUAAUAACCGUAUUAGGAGACAAAUGGUAAACGCAUACCCAGAUUUGUGGAACUAUACGUUUUAUAAUGUCUAUUCUCCAUUAUUAUCUUUUACCGAUAUUUUAUCGGCAAAAGAGACAUCAAUGUGUGUAGUGGCCAGUUUGAUCCCACAAGAUGUCAAUCCACAAUUGAAGGGGCAUUUGAAGGGGGCACUCAACACUGGUAAUACAAAAGAAGAAUUGAACUCGUUAAGAUUAUUGGUCUUCGAUAUAUGUGACUGGACUGGCGGUGUUACUUGGGCUGGCGGAAAAAAUAGUGUAGCCAAGUUGUGA